UCUUUAGCCAUAUGUCUUUAGCUGCAUACGCGCUCGCUCUUUUAACACUUCCGUGCAUGCACGUAGUAAAUCAGUUCCAAGACGAAAUUGAAGUCGUGGCUUAGAAUAGUAUUUCACGUGUAGUACACCAACAAUGUCUUCCGUUCGGCAUUUAAAACAGUUUGUCAAUGAGCGACUAACUGCUGCUGCUGAAGAAAUAUUCGGAGUGUUUGAGAAAACGAUCGUCCAGUACGAGGAAGCGAUCGUUCGUCAGCGCAGACUGUUGGACAUCGUUUAUAAACCUGAUAUAACAUUACUCCGGAUAGAGCUCGCACAGCCAAGUGUCUGUAACGAGGAGGAGGUUCUCGCUGACCAGCAGCAGCUCUGUAUUCAGGAGAGGAACUCCAGUCUGGACCAAGAGGAGCCAGAGCCUCCACAGAUCAAAGAGGAACAGGAGGACCUCUGCGUCAGUCAGGAGGGAGAGCAGCUCGUACUGAACCAGGAGACUGAUGCCAUUACGUUGACUCCUACUUAUGAGGAAAGUGACCACAGUGAAGGUCAGACCAUGGGCUUCAGUAUCUACGAGACUCCGGUGGCAGUGGAGGAAAAGCCUCUAAACCAUAUUUGGGAUAAAAGCUCUGUGGUAUCAGAAGCAAACAGUGAUCACCAGCUCAUCUCUCACAGCUCUCAUGACGCUGAGAGCCAAGAUCAGAAAAGAGAAGACUCAGGAUCAACUAGAAAUGCAGAGCCAGAAGAAAACAAGAGACAUCACAAUGGCAGAGGUCAGAUAAACAAUGUAAACAACCUUAACCUCUCGAUGAUUCACCAUGAUACUCACGCAAGUAAAACUUCUUCUAAAUGUGAUGUUUGUGGACAAGAGUUUAAGUAUAUUUCAAUGUUGCAGAGACACAUGAGUAACCACACAGGUGAGAAGCCCUAUACUUGCAAAACAUGCGGGAACCAUUUCUCUCAGAGCUCAACAUUGAAGUAUCAUAUGACAAUCCACACAAAUGAGAAGCCGUAUAUUUGUAAAACCUGUGGGAAAGAUUUCUUACGUAGGGAUAAGUUAAAUUACCACAUGAAAACCCACACAGGUGAGAAGCCGUAUAUUUGUAAAACAUGUGGGAAAGGGUAUAUAGGUAAAAGUUCCUUGAAAGGCCACAUGAAAACCCACACUGGUGAGACGCUGCAUACUUGUGCAACAUGUGGGAAAAAUUUCAGACGUAGCAGUGAUUUAAAUAGCCACAUGAGAACCCACACAGGUGAGACGCCGUAUUCUUGUGCAACUUGUGGAAGACGUUACAGACGUAUUGGUGAUUUGAAUAUCCACAUGAAAGUCCACACUGGUGAGACGCCGUAUACUUGUAGAUUUUGUGGAAAAAGAUUUAAACUGAACAGCGCUUUAAAAACCCACUUGAGAAGCCACACGUAAGAAACUGCUUGUCAGAAUCUAGGAUACCCGUACCGGUGUUAUACCCCCACUGGUUUCCACGCCAACUGGUUUCCCUAUGUUGUGUUUACCUAACAGCUGCCGUUGUGGCCUGCCUCUGUCACCAGAUUCGUCACAAAAUCGCAAACAUAUUCCUGGCGAUUUUCAAAGUGUUUCCCAAAUCUACUGCCGCAAAAAUGUUUACGUAAGCACCACAUCGCAGCCACCUAUAAAAAAUAAAAAGUUGUAGCCUACAAACAAUAUCAUCAUUCCAGUUCGGAUCGAGCUGGUUUCAAUCUUGUGGCAAAAAUGCACAAAUAACACUCUACUACCAAAAGUUGUAUAAGAGAACACUUCCGGUCACCUAUCUAUCAACCACAUCAGCAACCAGGUAACAUUUUGGUUUUGGCUGAACUAAAAAAAACUGGUUACCUGGGCUUCGUUGAGGAAGUUGACUACUACUACCACUUCAACACAGCCACCUAUACGCUACUCAUUGUGACUGAUGAAUAUUUUUUUUUAAGUAUUAUGAUUACUCACGUCGAAGGUAACACGCUGGUUAGGCUAUUCCUGUGUCUCGUGUAAGCAACGAAGGGAAUUUUAAAAGUUUUGUCUGUCAUCACUGUUUUAAAAAGGUAGGCUAUUUAUUUUGCAUACUGUGUUGUGGAGGGCCUACAAUAUAUUACGAUAGACGCGAGGAAAUUGUCUAUUCUUGUUUCAGAUCAACAAAAAAAUGUUGCUUUGAUUUUAGCAAUCACUAUGAGGUGACGAGAUCAGACCCGCGGUAGGCGUCACGUGACCACGGUAUUGUAGUAAGAUGUUGUAACAUAGUCUUGUCUUUUUCUUUUUUAUGUAUCUCAAUGACAUGGUCUGACAACAAAUUAAAAUACAAAAGGAAAGUUGUAAGUGUGAAUUUUGUCCAAAAUCUCUUGCAAUCAUUGUCCACAUACAGUAAUGUGCAACUUGUUACUGUUGAAAAUGAUAGAUGCCAUACAGAAAAAAUGCAGUGUUGUGCAUUUUCAGUCUUUGUCGUCACAUUUUUUUGCCACAACUUGCAUCAGAACAUAAAUAAUGUGAUUUAAAGUAAUUGUGUAAGUUCAAGUAUGUCAAAAUCGCUUCAGAAGUUUAAGAAGGGCUUCAAAUCUAAAUACAAUGUUCCUCAGUCGCAGGACAACAUGUCCAAGAAUGUAGUCGUUGGCCAGAGUUAAUUUUAUCUCUCCUGCUUCCUCUGGCCAUGCCCAUUCACCUACCAUGUUCUAGAAAAACAUGACAUAAGGCUAAGACAAAGAGGAUCUUCAGCAUAGAGACAGUUCAGCGCUUCAGAUCAGGGACAUUUCAAACAUUUAUUUUAGUGUUGAAAAAUAUAGCUUUGUUGGCUUUACUAUCUUCAUGUCAAAUCAUGCUUGGUACUGAAAGGGAAAUCAGCAUUUGUUUAAAAAGGUGGGGUUGAGUUAUUCAGUCUACACAGACAAGCUAAAGUCAGAGACGUCAGAUUUUACAUUUGAGAGUUACUGGCAUCACUGUUUUAUAUUAAUAUACUAUAAGAAAUCCUAUU